AUGUUGCUUCCCAAUAUAGUUGUCACAGUACAACUGGACGUGCCGGAGGAUGCCGGACACGGCGAAGAUGACGAGUGGUUUGCCGCCGCAGUCCGGCAUGGUCUGGCCGGAACGCUACCGGCAGACGCGCGCGGCGAGAUAGGCCUGUUGCUGACAGACGACGAGACGGUGCGGCAGUUGAACCGAGAGUAUCGGGGCGUGGACCGCACAACGGAUGUGCUGUCGUUUUCCUUCGAGCACUGGGGUCACUGGGAAGGGGACGAGGAAGCGCCGACGUCCGGCGACGAGACGCCAGACGAGCCGCCUCCGCUGGGAGAGAUAGUGGUUUCGGUCCCGCAGGCCGCGCGGCAGGCGGAAAGCCAGGGAGUGCCGCUACGGCAAGAGCUGGCGUUGCUGAUAGUGCACGGAGCGUUGCAUCUGCUGGGUCACGACCACUAUGAGGACGGAGAGCUGGAAACGAUGCAGGCGCUGGAGCGGUCGGCGUUGUCAGGCAUUUUCCCGGAUGCGACGGGUCAGGCGGGCCAAUAG